CAGGUCGAUUACCUUCACGUCCGCGCAUAUCAUCUGCUACAAUGGUUCUCCUCGUCACCUCCGACAACGAGCAGUUUGUUGUGGACAAGGAGGUCGCUGAGCGCAGCGUCCUCAUCAAGAACAUGCUCGAGGAUGUUGGCGAGAGCGACCAGCCGAUUCCUCUCCCCAAUGUUUCUUCCAGUGUCCUGAAGAAGGUCCUGGAGUACUGUGAACACCACCGUGGCGAGCCCCUGCCGACUGCCGAGUCUGAGCAAAGCCAGGAUGAGAACCGCAAGCGGACAACGGAUAUCAGCGAGUGGGACCAGAAGUUCAUUACUGUUGACCAGGAGAUGCUCUUCGAGAUCAUCCUCGCUGCCAACUACCUCGACAUCAAGCCCCUCCUCGACGUUGGCUGCAAAACAGUCGCGAACAUGAUCAAGGGAAAGACGCCCGAGGAGAUCCGCAAGCUGUUCAACAUCGUGAACGACUUCACACCCGAGGAGGAGGCUCAAAUCAAGAAGGAGAACGAAUGGGCGGAGGACCGGUAAAUUUCGACUCCGUGGCUGUAUCAUCACAUAUGUCGUCUCGCUCUCCCAUCUUUCCGUAAUGUCGUCGCGUUGUAUUGUAGUGUGUAGUUGAACGAUUCUAUUCGCCUCAACUGCUCAUCCUUC